AUGAAGUUCCAAUCCAACAUGCUUCUCGCCGCCAUGGCCCUAGCCCCAGCCGUCGUCUCUGCGGCCAGCAAAAUCCAAGUCGAAGUCCGCUACUCCAACGAAAUGAUCGACGUCGGCAACCUUGAACUCUUCGCCGAAACAUGGCAAAAGAUCUACUCCACCGCCGGCAACGGGCGUAGCAUCCUCUCCGAUACGUCCUACACCACAAACGCCAGCUCAUGCGGUUCCUGGGACUCUAAGGGCGACCGCGAUGUCCGCGUCAAAGUCAACGGCCAGUGGGGCAAGAUCCCCGACCUCGGACCCAACGACUCCCGUGAUGCCCUUGUCUCAACCCUCAGCAAGGUGCUGGAUGAGGUCUCCAAGGGCACUGGCUACAAUGUCUUCUCGAACUGUUACGGAUUGACGUGGCAGGAGGCCAUCCCCAAAUGGCCUGGCCCACACGCGUGCGGAGGAGCCAACCCCACUGUCAGGCCAGAGUGCAUGUGCGACCUCGGUACCGCACAGUGCGAAACCCAUUCGUGGGGACACAAGGUACCGUCGUCCAUCAAGGCGAACUUGUACCGCGACGGUGCUUUGUUGGCGGACACUUUGACCAUCGACUUCUCUGCCAACGCAGUAGCCAAGGACGAGGGAUGUGGUAUGGCUGGUACUGUCACAAAGGCUCUUGCUACUUUUAUUCCCGGUGUAGGCGAACUGUUCGCUGCUGGUAUAGAAAUAAGCUGUGCUUGA